AUGGCUAGGAAUGGUAUGAGUGCCACAUUGCAAAGGCCACUAUAUGCUUCCCCAUUGGCUGAAUUUAUUCUCCAACCCGAGGCACCUAGAGGAAUGAAGGUGCCUAAAUACACUAAGUUUGGGGGAGAAUCUGGUGAGUCGACAAUAGAACAUAUUGCCAGAUAUUUGACGGAGUCAAGAGAUUUGGCUCAUAACGAGUGUUUGAGAGUAAAAAACUUUCCUUUCUCUUUGACUAAGGUUGCCUUCACAUGGUUCACUUCUUUGGCACCAAGUUCGAUUGAUUCGUGGGCCAAGUUAGAAAAGAAUUUCCAUGAACAGUGCUUUACACAAGUACCGGAACAUGAACUUGUUCAAAUGGCUGCUAGGGGGUUAGAUUAUUCCAUUAGGAAGAAAAUAGACCCAACCUUUGUAAAGAACAUGUCACAAUUGGUUGAUAGAGUUCGACAUCUCGAACGACUAAGGUUAGAAAAGGUUAGACACAGUAAGGCUAAGAAAGAAAAAAUAGCGUUCAUCGAUUAUGACGCGACAAAUCCAAUCUAUGAGGCUGAUUAUGCCUUAUCGACCGAAUUAGAAAUUGACGUGGCUGAGUUAAAGCCAGGAUCUGCUUAUGAAUGUCAAUUAUUACUUCCUGCACAAGGGAAAAAUCCUGUUGAAAACAAUCCAAAAUUCCCUUCAAAAACUUAUACAUUUGAUGUGACAAAAUGUGAGGAAAUUUUUGAUUUGGAUCUGGUUCAGAAAGAAAUUCAAGAAGGCACGCUGAAAUUUGCUGGCCGUAAAAUGAAGAUCGACGCUGACACUCUCCACCAGGAGGAAGCUCUAUUCGUUGAGCCAGUGGAGAUCAACAUGGGCAAGAUCACUAAAUAUGAUGAGACCGACAUGCUAGAGGAAACUGGUGAAAGCCCAGAUGUCGACAUAGCUGAAGUCUAUCCAAGGGCUGAUGAAGACUUGGUAGAUUUCCUGUAUCGCUACAAGAAUAGGGGUUCACAAGUCUGCUUAUACCCUAGAUGUGGUGCUGUCACCGACAAAGUUGCUGCUGAAAAUUUCCAGAAGCUACAAUUGGGCAAAAGCAAAAGAAGUGGGCUGAACAGAGCACGCCAGAAUGAAAGAAUCCCAAGGAAAGCUGUAGAAAAUGCUCAAGCAAGGCCUAGGAGCUUCGUUCCAUCAGAAAGUGCUCCUAGAGGCACCUGGAUCAAGCCUUAG